AUGCCUGCUCAAAUCGCAGCCUCCAUGACGGGAAGCAUCCCCAUCCACAUCGCCGAAGACCAGGCAAACGGCUAUCGCAAACAACACAAGCACUCCCGAUCUUCGUACUCCGAAGCGUCGCCUCUUGCUGGCUCAAGAAACAACUCCCUGACCUUCCGCCCGCCCAAAAGGCUCAUGUCAUCCCCAAACAAGACGAUUGCCAUCAUCAACGCCAGCGGCAGGCAGGCGGCUUCCCUUAUACGGGUUGCCACCGCUGUCGGCUACCGCGUUCGCGCCCAGCUGAGGAAUCUCGAAGGCGUCGUCGCGGCCGAGGUGUCUGCCAAUCCUAACGUGACCGUCUUUGUUGGCGAGCUUUACACGAGGCACGAGCCCACAGAGGCGAAUAAGGACGUCACGCAGAAUGGCCCAAUCUCCGGCGUCGGCGUCAACCACGAGCUCAUUUCGAGCCUCUUCCGCGGGGCGCAGCUUGCCUUCAUAAACACGACCUUCUAUGGCGACGAGCUCCAAAUCGGGAUGGCAUUGGCAGAUGCCGCUAAGAAGGCCGGCGUCCAGCACUACGUCUAUUCUUCCAUGCCCGAUCAUGCGGCCUACAGCAAAGAAUGGCCGUCACUACCACUUUGGGCUGCGAAGCACAAGGUUGAGGAUUACGUACGAAAGCUGGGCCUGCCCGCCACGUUCGUCUACACGGGCAUUUACAACAACAAUUUUACCUCGCUGCUGUAUCCGCUUUUCUGCAUGGAGCUGCAGAAGGACGGCUCCUUCAUCUGGCAGGCACCGUUUCACGAGGACGUCAAGCUCCCCUGGCUGGAUGCGGAACACGAUGUCGGCCCGGCGGUCGUGCAGAUCUUCAAAGACGGCGUUUCCAAGUGGAAUGGCGAACGUAUCGCGCUCGCUUACGAGUACCUGACGCCGAGAGAGGCCUGCAGGCUGUUCUCACGUGGCGUGGGGCGCCCUGUCCAUUACGUGCGGGGCCCGAUAGAGCUCAAGGUCCGCAUCCCGACAGGCUACCGGGAGCAACUUGAGGCUCUCGAAAAGCUGUUCAAGCCAGACGAGGCCGAUCCCAAGAAGCAACCGCCGUAUUUCGGCGACCCGAAGCUCGAGGCCAGCUGUCCUGCGGAGGCCUUGGAGCUUUGGGAAGGCCCCCGUGGACUCGAGGAAUAUGCCCGAGAGAUGUUCCCACUCGAGGAGGAGGCCAACGGCCUUACAUGGAUGUUUGAUGACGACGAACACGAGGCCAAGAUCCAGGCGACUGCUACGCACGUGGAGCAGCUACGACUUAACGACGAUGACGAGGAGGAGAGCGAUGAAGAAGACGAGGGCCUGGUCAUGAGAGGCUUGAAGCGAGACGAGGAGCAAUGGCUUGCCUAG